GACACACUGAACACGCCAUAUUUCUAGGAUAAACUACCAAUAAAGACAAAUGUCAUGAAAUGGUGGUCAGUGGGGAGAGUUGCUGCAUGACAGAGAUUCAGAGAUUGAAUGGGACCACAGAGAAACUCCAUAGUAGCUAAAAAGACCAACGUGAAUGAUGUUCAACACCAACACUUCUGAGCGAGUGCUUGUGCUGGACUGUGAAAUCCGCUCUGACCAAAAAUUGUUCAUUGUUUGUGCUCUUAUUCUAAUCUACCUGAUGUCUGUGUUUGGCAACUUUCUGGUAGUUAUGGUCAUCCAAAUGAAUCAACAUCUUCAAACAGUGAUGUACAUUUGUGUCAGUGCUUUAGCUGUUAUAGACAUGGCUAAUAGCACUACCAUUAUCCCCAAGAUGGUGUCUGAUCUUCAGCAAAAUAAUGUUGUCAUGCCGUAUGCGGCCUGUGUAUUUCAGAUGUAUCUCAUAUUGAAUUUACAGCAAAUGGAAUCCCUUCUUUUGACUUUCAUGGCAUUUGAUCGUUACGUUGCUGUUGUUUAUCCUUUAAGGUACAAUUCCGUCAUUACAAAAAAAAUCGUCCAGAUUAUCAUUUCGUGUUUGCCAUUCUUACCAUUCGUUAUACAUUCACCAUUUCUAAUUUUUGCUGGAGAGCUUUCUUUUUGUCGUACAAAUGUUCUGAAGUUCUGCAUGUGUGAUUACCCAACAAUAGUUCAUAUUUCAUGUAACGAAGAUCCAAAGUAUUUAAAUCUUAUGUCUGUCAUGGUGGUUGUAUUAGGUGUAUGCCCUAUGGAAGUGAUUUUAUUUUCAUAUAUUAAAAUUGCUUUGACAGCACUGAAGCUGUCAUCUGUUGAAAGGAACACAAAGGUCUUUAGUACCUGUGUCACCCACCUGCUAGUGAUGAGUGUUUUCUAUUUUCCACCCUUUAUAUGCCUUAUUCUUCCAGGGUCAGGAGUAAACAUAUCAACAGAAGCUUACAAUGUGAUGGUUAUUGCUGGAAACGUGGUGCCUCCCAUGCUGAAUCCAGUCAUCUACACCCUAAGGAAUAAAGAUAUCAAAAAGAGCAUUUAUAAGUUUCUGACUGGUAGAUAACAAAUUCCUCAAGGUUCACCUGCGUGAAGAAGAUGCUCUGUUGUAAUAUGCAGGUAUUAAUGCAAAUAAUGUCCUUGCAUUCUAAAAUGGUAACGACUACCUCAAAGUAAAUGGCACUAAGUAUCAGAACUUCCCUGGAGAUUCAACCCUGCAUUCCAUUUGACUAUAUUUUCUUUGUUUAUGCUUCAUGUUAAUUAUUGUAAUUGUUUCCAUUUGUAUUUAUUUACAUUUGUUUGUGAUGUAUACUGAUUUGUACCAAUUAGUAGGUAUGAUCUAAUUUGCUAAUCAUUGCUUAUUUAUUGUUAGUUUUGUAUUUUAAAAGUUUAGAAAAAGGGGCCUAGACUCCCUGAUCAUGCAUGUGUGCAGUCACCCGAGUGCCUAUUUAAGACCUCUGUAGCCACUAGCCUUACCAAAUGGGUAUUGAGACUCCUCACACUGUUGUUACCUCACUUAAUCUUCAUUC